UCACUGUCCCCUCCUUACCGACUCUCCCAUUCGGAGAAAAGGACUGCAGUUUUUCAUUUAAAAAAAAAACGUAAAACCCGGAUUAUUUACCCCGGGUUUAUUUAUCGGAUAUUGACAAUGAAAAACGCUUUCUCCCGUUAUUCAUGCUGACUCUUCUCCAAACCCGGCCCAAAUUUCACUCUGAGAGGCCUCUGUCUCUUCACUUGAAUGCCUCUCACGAUGGCUAAGCGGGAAAGUGGCAGCACCAGCCCGGUGGUGCGUCAAAUAGACAAGCAGUUCCUGGUGUGCAGCAUCUGUCUGGAGCACUACCACAAUCCCAAAGUCCUGCCCUGCCUGCACACCUUCUGCGAGAGAUGCCUCCAGAACUACAUCCCCCCUCAGUCCCUGACCCUCUCCUGCCCGGUGUGCAGACAGACCUCCAUCCUGCCUGAAAAGGGUGUUGCAGCACUGCAGAACAAUUUCUUCAUAACUAAUCUGAUGGAGGUGUUGCAGAGGGAGCAGGACUGCACCUGUCCUGAGGCCUCUAGUGGGCUGGAGUCAGCCGGUGCUGCUACAUAUGCCCCGCCCCUCUCCUGCCCCAACCACGAGGGCAAGGUGAUGGAGUUUUACUGCGAGUCUUGUGAAACGGCCAUGUGUUUGGAAUGCACAGAAGGAGAGCACAGAGAACAUGUGACUGUUCCACUGCGGGAUGUUCUGGAGCAGCACAAAGCUGCAUUGAAGAACCAGCUGGAUGCUAUUCGCAACAGGCUUCCUCAGCUGACUGCAGCUAUAGAGCUGGUAAAUGAGAUCUCCAAGCAGCUAACAGACAGGAAGAAUGAGGCAGUGACGGAGAUCAGCAAUACGUUCGAGGAACUGGAGAAAGCACUGCAUCAGCGCAAGACUACCCUCAUCACUGACCUGGAGAACAUCUGCAGCACCAAGCAGAAGGUGCUGCAGGCCCAACUCACUGCACUACUUCAAGGGAAGGAAAACAUCCAGAGCAGUUGUAGCUUCACAGAGCAGGCGCUAAACCACGGCAGCCCCACAGAGGUGCUCCUGGUGCAGAAGCAGAUGGGAGAGCGGAUGGGUGUUCUGGCCCGCCACGCCUUCCCUGAGCAGCCCCAUGAGAACGGCCACCUGGACUGUCAGGUGGAGACAGAGGGGCUGCGCCGCUCCAUCCAGAACCUGGGAGUCCUGCUCACCACCAGCGCCGUGGGGCACACCAGUGUGGCUACUGGAGAGGGUCUCAGACAUGCUGUUGUUGGACAAAAUGCCACUGUUACAGUGACCAGUAAGGACAAAGACGGUGAGCUAGUAAAGACUGGAAAUGCUGCACUGAGGGCUCAGAUCAGCGGUCCAAAUGGAACCGUCACCGAAACGGACAUAACAGACAACAAGAAUGGCACUUACGAGAUCGGCUACACUCUCCGCUCAGAGGGCGAGUUCUCCUUCUCUGUCCUGCUCUAUGGGCAGCCAGUGAGGGGCAGCCCCUUCCGCCUGCGGGCCGUCAAACCCUGCGACGCCCCGCAGUCACCCGAUGACGUGAAGAGACGCGUGAAGUCACCCGGAGGAGGUGGAGGGGGUGGAGGACAUGUGCGCCAGAAGGCGGUGCGCAGACCCUCAAGUAUGUACAGUACAACGAAGAAGAAGGAGAAUCCCAUUGAGGAUGAACUCAUCUACAGAGGGGGGACGAGGGGUCGAGAGCGGGGGGAGUUCUCCAACCUGCAGGGCAUCUCUACCACCAGCAACGGGCGGAUUGUGCUCGCUGACAGCAACAACCAGUGCAUACAGGUGUUUUCCAGUGAUGGUCAAUUCAAACUGAAGUUCGGGGUCAGAGGUCGCUCCCCUGGCCAGCUCCAGCGCCCCACUGGCAUUGCAGUGGACAUGAAUGGUGACAUUAUUGUAGCCGACUAUGACAACAGGUGGCUCAGCAUCUUCUCUCCAGAUGGCAAGUUUAAGAAUAAAAUCGGUGCAGGUCGGCUGAUGGGUCCUAAAGGAGUGGCCGUGGACAAGAAUGGUCAUAUUAUCACGGCAGACAACAAGGCCUGCUGUGUCUUCAUUUUCCAAUCCAACGGCAAGCUGGUGACCAAAUUUGGUGCCAAAGGAACAUCAGAGAGGCAAUUUGCAGACAAAAGUACUCCAAAUACACCGACAGAGCCAAAACAGAGUAAAUCUGGCCCUGCCUUCAGUCCUCAUUUUGUGGCCAUAAACAACAAGAAUGAAAUUGUUGUGACAGAUUUCCACAAUCAUUCUGUUAAGGUUUACAAUGCUGAUGGCGAGUUCCUGUUUAAAUUUGGCUCGCAUGGCGAAGGGAACGGCCAGUUCAAUGCACCCACCGGUGUGGCUGUAGAUGGCAAUGGGAAUAUUAUUGUUGCAGACUGGGGUAACAGUAGGAUACAGGUGUUUGACAAUUGUGGCUCUUUUCUGUCGUACAUCAACACGACGGCGGAUCCUUUGUACGGUCCGCAGGGUCUGGCUCUCACGUCAGAUGGCCAUGUGGCCGUGGCGGACUCUGGAAACCACUGCUUCAAAGUCUACCGAUACCUGCAGUAAACACUCACCGUGAUGGAAGAGUUCAUAUACUGUAAGCUCUGACAGUCUUCUUUGGCAUUUCAUGUUUUCCUUUGCACAAGUCUCUGCACACAAAUUUCCAGCCAUCUGACUCAUGCUGAUGUGAACAAACCCAGGGCUUCAUGAAUGUUGCAUCCCUAUUUGAUCAAUUUGCAUUGAUUUGUUUUAACAGUCACUUCCUAAAUGAAUGUAUACCGAACCCAAGCAAGUAAUAACACAGUCGCUGUGAAUAUAACAGUGAUCGAGGGCAGCUAUCGGUGUGCUUUCACAAAAGUCUUUCUUGAAAACCUUAAAAGCUGCUUGACAAACCCCUCUAAAUUGCAGGGAACAAAAUGGUGGUCAAUGUUUUCUGGGCAAAUCAUUAAUGCAACAGCUUAAGAAUGACCUGCGGAUGGCGCUAUCUCACAUCAAACUGGCCUUUUGUGCAUUGACUAGCAGUACAUGUGUAUGCGUUCGUAUCAUAUGGUGUAAAUCUGAUCGCCAUUGAUUUGCUGUAAUAUGGUUUUGGAGAUCCACUCUCUCUUAGUGCGCUGAAGCUCAAUAUUAAAGUAACCCGGCUGUCAAUGUGCUUUAGUAAAACUGCUUGUAGGUUCAUCGUGCCUCUGAUUUUAAAAGCUACGCCUAUACGUCACAUGGGCUUUCCACAUAGCACUGACCACAACAGCACAACUGACAUAUUGCAUGCGUUUUAUUCACGUAAAAAGGUUAUAAAGCAAGUUUAUUUAUUUUGUAAACAAUGGUUAAUAAUGUUAUUUUUCGAAGUUGAAGUGUUUUGUUUAUCUGCAGUUCAAUGCCUUCAGUGGUUUUCACAAGGUGUGCAAAGCUAACGUGUUGUGAAAUACAACCGAGUUUUUUUUAAUGCACAUGAUAGUCACCUUGUCAUUAAAGGGAAUGCAGAUAUGUCAUAUGAAGACACCGGAAAUAUGAACAUUAAAAAGGGAAAAUGAAGUCACACAGCCACAAAAUUCAUAAAAGAACAAUUUGCAGGGUACUUGCCAUAGUUUACCAUAUUACUGAAGCAUUUACUACUGUUUUUUUUUUAUUAUUUUUAUUUUGUUUUUCUA